AUGAAACGAAUUAUUAGUCAAUCAAAACAACAUCAACAAGAUGUUUUGUUACCAGAAACUAAAGAACAUAAAGUUUACCAUUCUAUUUUAGAAGAAUAUGAAGACGAUGAUGAUAUUAAUUUAGCAACAACUGAAGAUAAUACCUCAGGUAACGAAACUUUUGCCUAUAAAUCCCUACCAUCUGAUAAAUUAACAAGGUAUUUGACAAUGAACAUCAAUGAAUCAACAUUGUCUUCGAAUUCACUUGAUUUUUGGAAAGAAUAUCAAGCACUUUGUCCUAUUUUAUCAACAUUGACCAGGCGAAUAAACUGCACACCUGCCUAUUCAGCAGCUGUUGAACGAUAUUUUUGUUCUAUCGAUUAUACUAUGAAUGAACGUAGAACAAAUUUACAUCCUGAUCAAAUUGACAAUAUAGUACUAAGACAUUCAAUGGAAAAUUUGAAAAAAAAAGUGAUUUUUGAUAUUAUCUUUUUUUAA